UUAACUCUUCCACAGUGGAAAUGGAAGAUAAGGAAUUAGACUUCCACAGGGAUUGAUUCACUGCCCAUUGUACAGAAGAACAGACCAAGAAUGAAGAUCAGGAAGUGGAGCUUCCCCUGUUUUGCACUUCUCUUCUUUUUCACGCACCUCUUCCAUUCUUCUUCUUCCACUUCCCAUAUUUCAGGCGGCAGGAACCUCCUUCAGGCCCGCAAAGAUUGCCCUGUUAGUUUCGAGUUUUUGAAUUAUACAAUCAUCACAAGCCAAUGUAAAUCGCCGGAGUACCCCAAGGAUCGGUGUUGUGCGGCGUUGAAGGAAAUUGCUUGCCCUUACGCGGAGCAGAUCAAUGACGACACUACUAACUGUGCGGAUGCCUUCUACAGCUACCUCCUGAUUAACGGUAAGUACCCCCCUAGCUUCACCGCUUUGUGCCAAGAAGGGAAGGAUGGGAUUCCAUGUCCUGAAACGCCGCCGCCGCCGCCCUCUAUCUCAGCCAAUUCAAGUAGUUGCGCCCGUUCAACCCAUGUGCUUUCAACACUCUUUUCUUUACUAAUUAAUCUCUGCUUGCUCUUGGUCCGUCUUCCUGGAAAUGGGUAAUGAAAUUAUAAAUUAAGUGAUCGAAUGAACAUAUUAAAUUUUAUGAAGUUGUGUUUUUCUCUCUCUUUCUAUAAAUUGGCAACAUAGAAUUUUAAUUUCUAUCCAUCUCGAAGCAUACAAAUAUGUAUCAAAACAAUGGUUUGAAAAACUUUAAUUAAUAAGCAUCCCAAAGCUUAGCCCCCAAAAAAAAAAAAAAAUUGAUAGUAAACAAAGAUGGGGUAUUUGAAAGUGCGGAAUAAUGAAAUUCCCUUGUCAAGGUCAACCUAUCUGGGUCAAUGAAGUAAUCUUCAAGGAUAUGAGAGAUGAGAAGUGAAGAAGACGCAAGAUUUUGGUUUCAUUUGGGUCUGCCUCUGACAAAGUCAUCAAGAAACAAUCGGUUGCAGAUGAUGCAUGGGAAGAGCCUCUUCUUCUGCUUUGCAUUCCUCUUCCUUUUCAUUCACCUUUCUGUUUCUUCUCCUGCUUCAGAUUGCCCUGUUAAGUUCAAAGUUCUGAACUACUCAUUCAUCACAACCAAUCCAAAGGGCUUCAAUACCUGUGUGAUCAGUGUUAUGCAGCAUUCAAGCAAUUUGCAUGGCCUUAUUUAGAUCAGAUUAUGACUUAUGAAUGACUGCGCUUCCAUGAUGCUCAGCUACCUUAAGCUCUACGGGAAGUACCCAGCGGGACUUUUUGUUGCUCUACUCUGUGCAGUGAAGGGAAGGAAGGGCUUGAAUGUUCAUCAUCACUCAAGCUAGGUGCGUUCAGAGAGAUUUGUUCAAAAUUGAGUCUCUAUUUCACUAAUUUCAGAGUUGCUCUUGGGCUUCCUGCCUUGUAUAGAAUCACAAAGCUACUAUACAUUUGGUGCUAUUCAUUGCCUGCUCUUAUUGCAUCUCUUGUUUAUUAGUAUAUAUACACAUAAAUGUCUUUGAACGGCAAUUUGUCAAGCUUGUGAUUCUUUUGGGAAACUAAUAUAUAUUACAUGAACUU